AUGCCGCUGCCCGUCCAGCAGGUACUGCUCGCCCUGCUUCUGCCCACACUCCUGGCACAGGGUCAAGCCAAGUGGAAGGGGUGCCCCCAGGCCCAUAGCACCACCAAGCCUGCCCUACUGAGGCUCUCUGAGUGCCUGCUGUCCAACUACACGAAAGGCGUGCGGCCCGUGUGGGACUGGAGGAAGCCGACCACUGUGCUCAUCGACGUCAUUGUCUAUGCAAUCCUCAAUGUGGAUGAGAAGAAUCAAGUGUUGACCACCUACAUCUGGUACCGGCAGUGCUGGAUGGAUGAGUUUCUCCAGUGGCACCCUGAGGACUUUGACAAUAUCACCAAGUUGUCCAUCCCCACUGAGAGCAUCUGGGUCCCAGACAUUCUCAUCAAUGAGUUUGUGGACGUGGGAAAGUCUCCAAAUAUCCCGUACGUGUAUGUUCAGCAAAAUGGUAACGUCCAGAACUACAAGCCCCUCCAGGUGGUAACUGCCUGCAGCCUUGACAUCUAUAACUUCCCCUUCGACGUUCAGAACUGCUCGCUGACCUUCACCAGCUGGCUGCACACCAUCCAGGACAUCAACAUCUCCUUGUGGCGCAAGCCAGAAAAGGUGAAGUACGACAGGAGCGUCUUCAUGAACCAGGGCGAGUGGGAGCUUCUGGGGGUGCUGACUCAGUUUCAGAAGUUCAGUAUUGAAGCCAGUAAUUAUUACGCAGAAAUGAAGUUCUACGUGGUCAUCCGGCGGCGGCCCCUAUUCUAUGCAGUCAGUCUUAUUCUGCCCAGCAUCUUCCUCAUGGUCAUGGACAUCGCAGGCUUCUACCUGCCCCCAGACAGUGGUGAGAGAGUCUCCUUCAAGAUUACACUCCUCCUGGGCUACUCCGUUUUCCUGAUUAUCGUGUCUGACACGCUGCCUGCAACCGCCAUUGGCACUCCCCUCAUUGGUGUCUACUUUGUCGUGUGCAUGGCCCUGCUGGUGAUAAGCCUGGCCGAGACCAUCCUCAUCGUCCGGGUGGUGCACAAGCAAGAUCUGCAGCAGCCCGUGCCCACCUGGCUGCGGCGCUUCGUUCUGGAGAGAAUUGCUGUGCUGCUUUGCCUGGGGGAGCAGUCGAAUUCCCCAAGGCUCUCAGCCACCUCCCAAGCCACCAAGAUUGAUGACUGUUCAGCCAUGGGAAACCACUGUAGCCCUUCAGGAGGACCCCUGGACUUAGAGAAGAUCCCGUGGGGUAGAGGUAGCCCUCCCCCUCCACCACGGGGGGCCUCGCUGGCAGUACGUGGGCUGCUACAGGAGCUGUCUACCAUCCGGCACUUCCUGGAGAAGCGGGAUGAGAGCCGGGAGGUGGCUCGCGACUGGCUGCGUGUGGGCUCUGUGCUGGACAGGCUACUCUUCCGCAUCUACCUGCUGGCAGUGCUGGCCUACACCAUCACCCUGGUCACGCUCUGGUCCAUCUGGCAGUAUUCCUGAGUGGGCCCAGCUUUGCAGGCAGGUGCG